AUGCGCUCUGAUCGCAAUGACAGUCAUGGGUCGGUCAAGUCGGAAGUUAGCAGGGGGCACGAGGCCGAUACCGAAGCCCAGCUUUUCGCCUACAGUGACGAGCGUAAGCUGGGAGUCGUGAGCGUGUCUUUUCUCAUCAUCAAUAAAAUGAUUGGAACUGGAAUAUUUUCCGCGCCGGCGACCGUCUUCAGAGCGACAGGCUCGGUCGGCGUUUCCCUGAUUCUGUGGUUCGUCGGCGGCAUCCUGGCCUUUUGUGGCCUGUCGGUCUACCUCGAGCUCGGUCUCGCCAUUCCGCGCUCCGGCGGCGACAAAAACUACCUCGAACGCAUCUACCGCCGCCCCAAACACCUCACGACGUGCAUCCUCGCCGCGCAAAUGGUGCUCCUCGGCUUCUCCUCGGGCAACGCCAUUGCCUUUGGGCAGCUCAUCGUGGACGCGUGCAGCUCGACCGUCAGCGGCGAGACGUGGGCCGCGCGCGCCAUCGGCAUUGGCUGCGUGACCUUUGCCGUGUUGCUGCACAGUCUCCUCCCGCAAUGGGGCGUCCGCCUGAUGAAUGCCGUCGGCAUGUUCAAGGUGGUCGUGAUGCUCGUCGUCGCCUUUUCGGGCGUGGCCGCGCUGGCGGGCUACCGCGGCACCGACGACCCGCACAACUUUGAGCACUCCUUUUCCCGGGCGGACAUGGCGCGGUACGGCGGUGCCGGCGGCGGAGGCUUCCACGCAUAUGUCAACGCGCUGCUGAGCAUCACAUACACCUUUAGCGGGUGGGAGAGCGCCAACUAUGUGCUGAGCGAGGUGCGGAACCCGCGCCGGACGCUGGCGAUUGCGGCGCCGCUGGCGGUUGGAAUCGUCACCGUGCUGUACAUGCUGGCAAACAUUGCCUACUUUGCCGCCGUGAGCAAGCUGGAUCUGGCAACGUCGGAGCUGCUGGUCGCUGCGCUCUUCUUCAAGAACAUGUUUGGGAAGAGCGCGGCGGCCAAGGCGCUGCCUGUGUUUGUGGCAGUCAGCAGUCUUGGAAGUGUCUUGGCGACGAGUUUUGCCCACUCGCGGCUGAAUCAGGAGCUGGGAAAGGAGAGAAUACUGCCGUUUGGCAGGUUCUGGGCGUCAAAUAAGCCUCAUCACGCUCCGGCGGCGUCGGUACGUACAGCAGUGACCGACCACGACCAUUGCUAA